CCGCGCCGCAACCUAGCGUGCGUUAGUUCAGCUAGCAAUGGCUGACCAGUAUCGAAAAGUUAGAGCAAGUAAACUUCGCUUGAAAGGUCAAAGUACAAGGUCCGAACGCAAGAAAAGUGGCAAGAAGCGGAAACUGGCCGAAGACAUGAAUACCGCAAGCAGAGAGAACAUGAGACACGGGAAAUGGUGGAUUGUAAAUGCAUUGGAAGAAGUCAGAGGAAGAGUACUACUAGAGACAGCACAUAAUGGGAGAUAUGUUAUGGCUCUUGAUACAGGAGGAUUUACUGUUGGCCCUGCUCAUGGUGAAGAUGAAGGCCCAGAAGUUACAGAAAUGUUUUCUGUUGUGAAGAUUAGUGAAACACGGUUGGCUCUAAAAUCAGGAUUUGGAAAGUAUGUGUCUGUCACAUCAGCUGGUGAGCUUAUUGGAAGAGCAGAAGCUGUGGCACAGAGAGAAACCUGGGAACCAAUAUUUCAGGAUGGAAUGGUUGCUUUCCAAAGUGUCAACCAGCGCUAUCUUGUUGCUUCCAAGGACGGAGAUUUGGUUGUUGCUAGCAUUGAAGUUGUGCCUGAAGCUAAAUUUAGAAUGCGAUGCUUUGGAUCACGAGAGCAGAAAAAGGAACGGGCUGAAGAUGAUGAGGAGGAGUUUGAACAAGAUGCCAGAGGAUUUGAAGUUGGAUAUGUACAAUUCAGACAUGAUGUGUAGCAUAAGACUCAAAGAUUGGUAAGAAUAAACGUAAUUGAACACAAGGAACACAACAAAGAAAACAUGUAUCCAUUAGCCGGCUAUCCAAAUGACUGAGCUGCCCCGCCUAUGAAACCCCGGAUGCCACAUCGUCUCCCUCCUUUCUACGCAAAACACAAAUUUUACAGCACUAUGAUUAUAUCAGUUCUAUAGCCUCUCUACACUGUCCAUUCUCCGUAUCUUGUAGGUGGUAUCGCCUUUGUAGUACGCUGACUCCUUCUUGGCUGCUCUACUCCUGUGGCAACUUCAGGCGCACU